AUGCUGACGACUCGUGGAGGCAUCACCUUAACGACGGCUUCGCGCGUCGUACGGGCUAUGUCGUCUGCCGCGUUACCCCUUCAGCCUCCCUCACUCGAUGAAGAGACCCGGCAAUUCGAAGAAAGGACUGCUGAAAUGGCUCAAUUCUUUGCCCUCCCGCGAUUCAGCAAUAUCAAACGACCAUACACGCCUGUGGAUGUUGCCUCCAAGCAGGGUUCACUGCCUGUUCUUCCUCUACCUUCCACAUUACUUGCGGAUAAACUCUUCGCGUUGUUGACCAAACGCGCUGCUGCCGGUGAACCGGUACAUACCAUGGGGGCUAUUGACCCGGUCCAAAUGACACAGAUGGCCGAGCACCAAGAGGCUGUCUAUGUUUCCGGCUGGGCGGCAUCGAGCGUGCUUACAACAGGGAAUAAUGAGGUUGGGCCUGAUCUCGGAGACUAUCCGUACACCACAGUUCCUAACCAAGUUCACCGGAUAUUCCGUGCUCAGCAGCUUCAUGACAAAAAGCAUUACGACGAACGGAUGACUGCCACACCAGAGGCUCGCGCCAAGAUGAAGUAUAUCGACUACCUACGACCGAUUAUUGCAGAUGCAGAUACUGGUCAUGGUGGUCUUUCGGCUGUUCUCAAGUUAACGAAACUCUUUGCUGAAUCUGGUGCCUCUGGAAUCCACAUGGAGGAUCAAUUACACGGAGGGAAGAAGUGCGGCCAUUUGGGUGGUAAGGUCAUUGUGCCCACUUCAACACACAUUUCCCGUCUCGUUACCGCGCGUUUCCAACUCGACCUCCUCAAAUCUACGAUGCUGCUCAUUGCACGGACAGACUCAGAAUCCGCCAAGUUACUGUCGUCCUCGAUUGAUACAGAAGAUCACGAGUUCAUCCAGGGCACGACCACUAAGGUCAGCAAGGGACUUGCGCAAACGCUGGCGGAAGCGGAGGCGCGAGGCGCAUCGGGUCCGGAGGUUGAUGCACUCGAGCAAGAGUGGAUGGACGAAAAUCCAUUGUGUACUUUCAACCAAGCUGUUGAAAGGGCAAUCAAGCAAUCGUCCGUUGGUGAAAAGGAUUCCGCCUACAUAUGGUACCUUACAUCAGCUGCUGGUAAAUCGCACUCAGAAGCUCGAGACAUUGCUGCCGACAUCUUGGGAGCACCUGUGUACUGGGACUGUGACCUGCCCCGCACGCGUGAAGGCUAUUAUCGGGUUACUGGAGGGAUUGAGCCAGCAGUCAAACGCGCGAUGGCAUUUGCUCCUUACGCAGACUUGAUCUGGUUGGAAACUAAGGAGCCUAACCUCGAACAAGCACGUUCGUUUGCAAGGCAAAUCCGAGAGAAAUACCCUGGAAAGUGGUUCGUAUAUAACCUCAGUCCAAGUUUCAACUGGGCAAAAGCGGGUUAUAACGAGGCUCAACUGAAGAGUUUCGUGUGGGAUCUGGCCAAGGAAGGCUUCGUCUUCCAGCUCAUUUCGCUGGCUGGUCUACAUAGCGGAGCGGUUACAACAUCGGAGCUUGCGCGGGACUUCAAAGACGACGGAAUGCUUGCGUAUGUGAAGCUGAUCCAACAGAAGGAGAAGGAAAUUGGCUGCGAUGUGUUGACCCAUCAGAAAUGGAGUGGGGCAAACUACGUCGACCGUAUUCUUCAGAGCGUGUCGUCAGGGUCUUCAAGCACCCUAAGCACAGGAAAAGAUUCGACAGAGCAUGCAUUCUAA